CCGCAGGACGGAGAGGUUCUGCCUCCGGACGGACAGACGGACGGUACCGACAGUCUGACAGCUGCUGUGACAGGUGUAGACAGAUGGCGGCGCCCCCUGCUGCAGAAAACUCGUCCCUUUGUCCUGGUGGACGGACGAAGGCGGAGCCUCACUGAAGCUCUACAGGACGGUCACCCCGACAGGCUGCAGUGUGGACUGGAGGUGGGAGGACGUCUCUUCCUGCUGGACCUGGAGAAGAACCACGACCUGCUACCCAAACCGCCCAACGUCUUCUACUACCUGCCCAACGGCACCGGAGUGUCUGUGAGAGCCGACCCUGUGACUCACUGUUAUUACCACGGCAGUGUCCGAGGAUUCCCUCAGUCCAGAGUGGCUCUGAGCACCUGCUCCGGACUCCGCGGCAUCAUCGCCUUCAACUCCACCCUGAGCUUUGAGCUGCAGCCACAGGAGGACGACCACCAUCACCAGCAGGGGGGGGAGGAGGGGGGAGGAGGGGAGAGUGGUGGAGAUGGGAGUGGAGGGAGUGGAGGAGGAGGAGGAGGAGGAGAGGAAGGAGUUCACUUGCUGUUCUCCACCAGCCCUCUGGAGGGCGACAGUGCUGGAGGCUGUGGAGUCUCACACACCGCUGUGCCCCCCAUCCACAGCCCCACACACACACACAGGAGGAAGAGAGACAUCCUGUCUGAGACCAAAUACAUCGAACUGGUGCUGGUGGCCGACCACCAGGAGUUUCUGAACUACCAGAAGAACAACAAGACGAUCAUCUACCGCAUGCUGGACGUGGCCAACCAGGUGGACUGGUUCUACCGUCCUCUGAACGUGCGGGUGGCGCUGACCGGUCUGGAGAUCUGGAGCGACAGUGACAAGAUCCAGGUGAAGAAGAGUCCCACUGACACCCUCAACAACUUCCUGGAUUGGAGGACCAGAGAGCUGCUGCCACGCCUUCGCCACGACAACGCACAGCUCGUCAUGGGCGGCUCGUUUGACGGCACCACAGUGGGGAUGGCGUCUCAGUCGUCCAUGUGCUCCAGAGACCGGUCGGGUGGAGUCAAUGUGGACCACCUGGUCAGCGUGCUGGGCGUGGCCUCCACUGUUGCUCAUGAGCUUGGUCACAACCUGGGGAUGAGUCACGACACAGCAGAGCGCAGCUGCUCCUGUCAGAAUGAACGGCGGCUCGGAGGAUGCAUCAUGGAACCCUCGACCGGGUUCAUGCCGGGACAGCAGUUCAGCAGCUGCAGCGCUGCAGAUCUGUCCGUCAGCCUGCUGCACGGUGGCGGCAUGUGUCUGUUCAACGUGCCGCAGCCGGACCGUCUGCUGGGAGGACCUCGCUGUGGAAACCUGUACGUGGAGAAAGGAGAGGAGUGUGACUGCGGCCUGCUGGAGGAGUGUGAGGACCCCUGCUGUAACGCCUCCACCUGUCGGCUGGUUCCUGGAGCUCAGUGUUCGUCUGACGGCAUCUGUUGCCACGACUGCAAGCUGCGGGCGGCGGGUUCAGUGUGUCGUGACCCAAUUGGAGAGUGCGACCUCCCCGAGUACUGCACAGGCUCCUCCCCUUACUGUCCCCCCAACGUCUUCCUGCAGAACGGGGAGCCCUGCGAGAAUGACGCCUCCUACUGCUACGAAGGAGUCUGUGCCAGCAUGCACACCCAGUGCCAGAUGCUGUGGGGGCCCAAUGCCACCAGCGCUCCACCUGUCUGUUUCUCAUCCGUCAACAAACAGGGAAACAAAUAUGGAAACUGUGGUCAGCUGACCAACGGCUCCUACAUCCCCUGUGCAAACUCUGACGUCCACUGCGGCAGGAUCCAGUGUCAGGGAGGGAGGGACCGCCCACUGCUGGGCACCAACGCAGAGAUCCUCACCACCACAGUCCGCUUCAACCACAGCGACCUGGUCUGCAGAGGAACCUACUUCCACCUGGGAGAUGAUGUGUCGGACCCCGCCACUGUGGCCCAGGGCACCGCCUGCAGUCCUGGCAAGGCGUGUUUGAACCAGAAGUGUCAGGACGUGUCGGUGUUCGGGGUGGAUGAAUGUCGCAGCAAGUGUAACGGUCACGGGGUGUGUAACAGUAAUAAGAACUGCCACUGUAACGUGGGCUGGGCUCCACCUGACUGCAGGUACUCCGGUCACGGAGGCAGCGUGGACAGCGGACCGGCCCGAGCAGCAGAGUCUGAUCCAGUCCGAGUGGCUCUGCUCGUCAUCUUCCUCUUCAUCCUGCCUGUGGUCCUCCUCUUCCUCGCUCUGCGCUUCCCUCGGUUCCGGCGCAGUUUCUUCUGUUUUGGACCCGACAGCCCGCUUCAUAAAGCCCGACAACACAACCGUGUGACUCACUUUGAGUUGUUGGGUUUGGAGUUUCACCCCGCCCACGUCUACAG